AGAAUGGAACCUACAACUGCAGCGCUGCCGUCCAACCAGUCACAGGAGAGCUGUGUGCUGCCAGACGCCACCGUGGAGAACCAGCUCUUUGGAUGGUACUACAUGGUGGUGUUUGUCCUGGCGCUGAGCGGCAACAGUUUGGCUCUCUGGAUCUUCUCUCACCAGCGCGGGGUAUCCUCCCCCGCCAACGUCUUCCUGAUACAUCUGGCCGUAGCCGACUUGUCCUAUGUGGUUAUCCUCCCGCUCAGGGGCAUAUACCAUUUCACCGGAGGGCACUGGCCCUUUGGGGAGGUGCCCUGCAGAGUGGUGGGCUUCCUGUUUUACGUCAACAUGUAUGCCAGCCUUUACUUCCUCGCCUGUGUGGCCGGGGAUCGCUACCUUGCUGUGGUGCACGCCGUCAGGUCGCUGAAGGUUCGCCAAGGCCGCUACGCCCACAUCAUCAGCUUCUCUCUGUGGCUCUUGGUGACCAUCUCCAUGGCGCCGCUGCUUGUUACCCAUCAGACUGCACAGGUGGACAACACGACGAUGUGCCUGCAGCUGUACAGGGAGAAGGCCUCGCGCAAUGCGCUGAUCUCGCUGACCGUGGCCUUCACGCCACCUUUCCUCGCGACCCUGUCCUUCUACCUUCUUAUCAUUUACAGCCUGCACCGCGGCUCCAGGCUGGAGCCGGCCCUCAAGCUGCGGGCGCUGCGCACCAUCGGCCUGGUCAUGCUCAUCUACGUGGUUUGUUUCCUGCCUUAUCACAUGAGCAGGGCGACCUUCAUCCUGGGCUACAACCAUCCUGGCGUUUCCUGCCAGACGCGCCAAGGCCUUAGCCUGGCCAACCGCCUCACCUCCUCCCUCACCUGCCUGAACGGGGCCAUGGACCCCCUGGUCUAUCUGUUUGGGGCGGAGAAAUUCCGCGGUACGCUCAGGCGAUUGUUCUGCAAGGAUAAGGGUGGGAUGUCAGCGGCCACCAGUGGCGAGUUAAAGGGAACACAUGAGAGCUCCAUCAGCGCCAAGUCUGAGUUCUGAAGAGAAGGAAUAUCAAAAGGUAAAGGAAAAAAAAGAUGACGUUUCCAACACAAUCGUCUGAAGAAAGUGACAUCAGUUCUGUGAGUAAAGGAAGUGAUCUGGACCACCCUCUGAGAUCUUCUGCGAGCAAGAAUGCCACUUAAAGUGGACGGACACUUUUGGACCAGAUUGUCAAUAAUCAGACAAAAAAAUUGUGCUGGUUGACAAUUCUCACCAAGCAUCACCAUCACUGCUGUCUGUAUCUGA